AUGGGUGCCAAGAUCAAGAUAGGGAUCAACGGAUUUGGAAGGAUUGGCCGUCUGGUGGCCAGAGUGGCUUUGCAAAGAGAUGACGUUGAGCUCGUCGCUGUCAACGAUCCUUUCAUUUCAAUUGAUUACAUGACUUACAUGUUCAAGUACGAUACUGUUCACGGCCAAUGGAAGCACCAUGACAUUAAGAUUAAGGACUCCAAGACCCUUGUCUUUGGUGAUAAGCCAGUCUCUGUUUUUGGUACAAAGAACCCAGAGGAAAUUCCAUGGGGUGAGGCAGGAGCUGAAUAUGUUGUAGAAUCCACUGGUGUUUUCACUGAUAAAGACAAGGCUGCUGCUCACUUGAAGGGUGGUGCGAAGAAGGUAAUUAUUUCUGCCCCCAGCAAGGAUGCCCCAAUGUUUGUUGUCGGCGUCAAUGAGAAAGAAUACAAGUCAGACAUUAAUAUUGUCUCCAAUGCUAGCUGCACGACCAACUGUCUUGCUCCCCUCGCAAAGGUUAUUCAUGACAAAUUUGGAAUUGUCGAAGGUCUUAUGACCACUGUCCAUUCUAUUACUGCCACCCAGAAGACUGUUGAUGGACCAUCAAUGAAGGACUGGAGAGGGGGCAGAGCUGCUUCCUUCAACAUCAUUCCAAGCAGCACAGGAGCUGCUAAGGCUGUGGGUAAGGUACUGCCCUCUCUGAACGGAAAGUUGACGGGCAUGGCUUUCCGUGUUCCAACUGUUGAUGUCUCAGUGGUUGACCUCACUGUUAGACUUGAAAAGGGAGCCAGUUAUGAUGAGAUUAAAGCUGCUAUCAAGGAGGCAUCUGAGGGAAGCUUGAAGGGAGUCCUUGGCUACACAGAGGAUGAUGUUGUGUCCACAGAUUUCGUAGGUGACUGCAGAUCAAGCAUUUUUGACGCAAAGGCUGGAAUUUCUUUGAGUAACAAUUUUGUGAAGCUCGUCUCUUGGUAUGACAAUGAAUGGGGCUACAGCUCACGUGUGGUUGACUUGAUUCGACACAUGGCUUCUGUCUAAGUGAAUCUGCAUGGAGUUUGGAUCAAAUCUCAUAAUUGGGAUCAGCAUUCAACUUGCUGCACCUCUGGCUUCAUAAAACUAGUUUUCUUCUUUUCUUGUAUUCUUUCAUAAUAAUGUGGCCUUCUGGAUGAAUUACUUCAGAUAAACUAUCUUCCCAGGUUACUUCUUG